AUGCAAGAGGAAUUUGAUGCUUUGAUUGAGAAUCAUACUUGGGAUUUGGUACCUCGUCCUCCUAAUGCUAAUAUCAUUCGGUCUUUAUGGCCUAUGGGUUUUCGUGAUCCUACUCGUCCUAAUCAUGUUUGUCUUCUUCGUAAAUCUCUUUAUGGUCUCAAACAGGCUCCACGUGUCUGGUAUCAACGGUUUGCUACGUUUGCAACUACUAUUGGCUUUUCUAACAACAUUUCUGAUAAUUCCUUGUUUGUUUACUGUCAUGGCUCUGAUAUUGCUUAUCUGCUAUUAUAUGUGGACGAUAUUAUUCUCACCGCUUCCUCAGAUUCACUUCGUGAGUCCAUUAUGUCCAAACUUAGCUCUGAAUUUGCCAUGAAAGAUUUGGGUCCUCUUAAUUAUUUCUCGUGUAUUGCUGUUACUCGCACUUCUACGGGCCUCUUUCUCUCUCAACAAAGGUAUGCCUCUGAAAUUCUUGAAAAGGCUGGCAUGUCCCAAUGUAAUUCUAUUGCUACUCCUGUUGCUACCUCCGGCAAACUUUGUGCUAGUGCUGGUUUUCCUUGUGACGAUCCUACCUUGUAUCGUAGCCUAGCUGGUGCUUUACAGUAUCUUACUUUUACUCGUCCAGAUAUUUCAUAUGCUGUUAAGCAAGUUUGCCUCUAUAUGCAUGAUCCUCGCAUUGAACAUAUGGCUACUAUUCAUCGCAUUCUUCGCUAUGUCAAGGGUACUCUUCCCUAUGGUCUGCAGUUACAUCGUUCUAAUAUUUCAACUCUUUUGUCCUAUACCGAUGCUGAUUGGGGUGGCUGUCCUAACACUCGCCGCUCAACUUCUGGUUACUGUGUUUUUCUAGGUGAUAACUUAAUUUCUUGGUCAGCUAAACGACAACCAACUGUUUUCAAAUCCAGUGCUGAAGCUGAAUAUCGUGGUGUUGCUAAUGUUGCUUCUGAAACUUGCUGA